AUGCAGGAGCCGCCAUUGGAACUCACCAUCGAGCCCCCUCUGAGCCAGGAGACAUUUUCGGAAUUGUGGAACCUACUUCCCGAAAACAAUGUUCUGUCUUCCGAGCUGUCCUCAGCGAUGAAUGAGCUGCCGCUCUCGGAAGAUGUCACAAACUGGCUGGAUGAAGCACCAGAUGAUGCUUCCGGAAUGUCAGCGGUUCCGGCACCAGCAGCCCCUGCGCCAGCCACCCCUGCGCCAGCCAUCUCCUGGCCCCUGUCAUCCUUUGUCCCUUCGCAGAAGACCUACCCGGGCGCCUAUGGUUUCCAUUUAGGGUUCCUGCAGUCGGGGACAGCCAAGUCGGUUACUUGCACGUACUCCCCUCCCCUCAACAAGCAGAGCCAUGGCGACCUGCCCUGCGGUAGUUGGGUCCCGACGUCACUUCCCCACCUCGAACUCAGAAGUCCGCCGCUUAUGGCCAUUUAUCAGUUUAGAGAGUUCAUGACAGAGGUCGUGAGGCGCUGUCCCCACCACGAGCGCUGCCCUGACAGUAGCGACGGUCUGGCGCCUCCCCAGCAUCUCAUCCGAGUGGAAGGAAACUUGCAUGCCAAGUACCUGGACGACAGAAACACUUUCCGACAUAGCGUCGUGGUGCCCUACGAGCCGCCCGAGGUCGGCUCCGACUGUACCACCAUCCACUACAAUUUCAUGUGUAACAGUUCCUGCAUGGGGGGCAUGAACCGGAGGCCCAUCAUCACCAUCAUCACCCUGGAAGACUCCAAUGGGAAGCUGCUGGGACGGAACAGCUUCGAGGUACGAGUUUGUGCCUGUCCUGGGAGAGACCGGCGCACCGAGGAGGAAAAUUUCCGCAAGAAGGGGGAGCCUUGCCCUGAGCCGCCCCCUGGGAGCACUAAGCGAGCGCUGCCCCCCAGCACCAGCUCUACUCCCCCACAAAAGAAGAAGCCACUGGAUGGAGAAUAUUUCACCCUUCAGAUCCGUGGGCGUGAACGCUUCGAGAUGUUCCGAGAGCUGAAUGAGGCCUUGGAGCUGAAGGAUGCCCAGAGUGGAAAGGAGCCAGGCGGAAGCAGGGCUCACUCCAGGUGA